AUGGGGACCUCCUCCAGCAGCGGCUGCUUGCAAGAGGGGCAGGGGCAGGGGGCGGCCCUACCCACUGCCCACGCUGCGCCCCACUACGCCCUGAGGCCCCUCUCCUCUGUGUCGGGGAGCCCCCAGGGCCUGGGACAGGGGCCCUCCUGCGGCAGGUGGCCCUACUGGAGGUCCCUGCCCUCUGACUUUUGCCUCGACUCGCUCUGCAGGGUCCUGCCUGGUCCAGCCGUACUGGCUUCCAGAAGAGAACCCGAGUUUGUGCCUGAGACUGUUCCCCUAGCAUCUGGGGCGGGCCUUCCUGAGCAGGGGGACCCUGCCCGGUGCCCAGGCCUGGGCAGAGGCACUGGUGUCCUCCGGAACGUAGCCCCCCGGGGGCGCAGCCAGGCCUGGCCCUUCCUUCCCUCGCUGGCCCUGGGCUUUGCCUCUCAGGAGGGGCCAACUAUCUUCUCCCCACCCCCUUCUCUACGGGACACGGACCUUGGGGCUGCGAUCCGGCCCCAGCUGUCAAAAGAGAAGAUUGAGGGCUGCCACAUCUGCACGUCGGUCACCCCCGGGGAGCCCCAGGUCCUCCUGGGGAAGGACAAGGCCUUCACCUAUGACUUUGUCUUCGACCUGGACACCUGGCAGGAGCAGGUCUACUCCACGUGCGUCAGCAAGCUCGUGGAGGGCUGCUUUGAGGGCUACAACGCCACGGUGCUGGCCUACGGGCAGACGGGGGCAGGGAAGACGUACACCAUGGGCACCGGCUUCGACGUGGCCACGGCGGAGGAGGAGCAGGGCAUCAUCCCGCGGGCCAUCGCGCACCUCUUUGGGGGCAUCGCGGAGCGCAAAAAGCGGGCGCAGGAGCAGGGCGUGGCCGGGCCCGAGUUCAAAGUCAGCGCUCAGUUCCUGGAGCUCUACAAUGAGGAGAUCCUUGACCUCUUCGAUAGCGCACGCGACCCUGACGUCCGCCACCGCAAAUCCCACAUCAAGAUCCACGAGGACGCCAGCGGCAGCAUCUACACCACGGGCGUCACCUCCCGCCUCAUCAGCUCCCAGGAGGAGCUGAUCCAGUGCCUGAAGCAGGGCGCCCUGUCCCGCACCACGGCCAGCACCCAGAUGAACGUGCAGAGCUCGCGCUCUCACGCCAUCUUCACCAUCCACCUGUGCCAGAUGCGCGUGUGCGCCCGGCCCGACCUGGUGAACGAGGCCGUGAGCAGGCUUCCUGAUGGUGCCCCUCCUGGAAGCGAGUACGAGACGCUCACCGCCAAGUUUCACUUCGUGGACCUGGCCGGCUCCGAGCGGCUGAAGCGGACAGGAGCCACAGGCGAGCGGGCCAAGGAGGGCAUCUCCAUCAACUGUGGGCUGCUGGCCUUGGGCAACGUGAUCAGCGCCCUGGGGGACCAGAGCAAGAAGGUGGUGCACGUGCCCUACCGGGACUCCAAGCUCACCCGGCUCCUCCAGGACUCGCUGGGCGGCAACAGCCAGACCAUCAUGAUCGCCUGCGUGAGCCCCUCGGACCGCGACUUCAUGGAGACGCUCAACACGCUCAAAUACGCCAACCGGGCCCGCAACAUCAAGAACAAGGUGGUGGUGAACCAGGACAAGACCAGCCAGCAGAUCAGCGCGCUGCGAGCCGAAAUCGCGCGCCUGCAAAUGGAGCUGAUGGAGUACAAGGCGGGCAAGAGAGUGAUUGGGGAGGAUGGCGCCGAGGGCUACAGCGACCUGUUCCGGGAGAACGCCCUGCUGCAGAAGGAGAACGGGGCGCUGCGCCUGCGGGUGAAGGCCAUGCAGGAGGCCAUCGAUGCCAUCAACAACCGCGUCACCCAGCUCAUGAGCCAGGAGGCCAACCUGCUCCUGGCCAAGGCCGGAGACGGCAACGAGGCCAUCGGUGCUCUGAUCCAGAACUACAUCCGGGAGAUCGAGGAGCUGCGGACCAAGCUCCUGGAGAGCGAGGCCAUGAACGAGUCCCUGCGUCGCAGCCUCUCACGGGCCUCGGCCCGGAGCCCCUACUCCCUGGGCGCAUCCCCGGCUGCCCCGGCCAGCUCCAUGGAGGAUGCCUCUGAAGUCAUCCGCCGAGCGAAGCAGGACCUGGAGCGGCUCAAGAAGAAGGAGGUCAGGCAGCGGAGAAAGAGCCCAGAGAAAGAGGCCUUCAAAAAGAGGGCAAAACUCCAGCAAGAGAACAGUGAGGAGACCGAUGACAACGAGGCCGAGGAGGAGGAUGAGGAACGAGAAGAGAGCGGCUGUGAGGAGGAGGAAGGCCGAGAAGACGAGGACGAGGACUCGGGCAGCGAAGAGAGCCUGGUGGACUCCGACUCUGACCCAGAGGAGAAGGCGGCGAACUAUCAGGCGGACCUGGCCGACCUGACGUGCGAGAUCGAAAUCAAGCAGAAGCUGAUCGACGAGCUGGAGAACAGCCAGCGGCGGCUGCAGACCCUGAAGCACCAGUACGAGGAAAAGCUGAUCCUGCUGCAGAACAAGAUCCGGGACACGCAGCUGGAGCGCGACCGCGUGCUGCAGAACCUCAGUACCAUGGAGUGCUACACAGAGGAGAAGGCCAACAAGAUCAAGGCGGACUACGAGAAGAGGCUGCGGGAGAUGAACCGGGACCUGCAGAAGCUGCAGGCCGCACAGAAGGAGCACGCGCGGCUGCUCAAGAACCAGUCUCGCUACGAGAGGGAGCUCAAGAAGCUGCAGGCCGAGGUGGCCGAGAUGAAGAAGGCCAAGGUGGCCCUGAUGAAGCAGAUGCGGGAGGAGCAGCAACGGCGGCGGCUGGUGGAGACCAAGCGGACCCGGGAGAUCGCGCAGCUCAGGAAGGAGCAGCGGCGGCAGGAGUUUCAGAUCCGAGCUCUGGAGUCCCAGAAGAGGCAGCAGGAAAUAGUCUUGCGGAGGAAGACUCAGGAGGUUUCUGCACUGAGGCGUCUGGCCAAGCCCAUGUCUGAGCGGGUGGCAGGGCGAGUAGGACCGAAGUCACCUAUGCUGGACUCGGGGGCCGAGGUGUCAGCCAGCACCACCUCAUCCGAGGCCGAAUCGGGGGCCCGCUCCGUCUCCAGCAUCGUGCGCCAGUGGGACCGCAAGAUCAACCACUUCCUGGGGACUCACCCCGCGCCCACCGUGCCUGGUGCCCGCCCUGCCAGAAAGAAGUUCCAGAAGAAGGGGCCCAGCCAGAGCUUCAGCAAGGCUGCCAGGCUCAAGUGGCAGUCGCUGGAGCGGAGGAUCCUGGACAUCGUCAUGCAGAGAAUGACCAUUGUCAACCUGGAGGCCGACAUGGAGCGGCUCAUCAAGAAAAGGGAGGAGCUCUCCCUCAUGCAGGAGGCGCUGCGCAGGAAGCGGGAGCGGCUGCAGGCCGAGAGCCCCGAGGAGGAGAAGGGGCUGCAGGAGCUGGCGGAGGAGAUCGAGGUGCUGGCAGCCAACAUCGACUACAUCAACGACAGCAUCGGCGACUGCCAGGCCACCAUCGUGCAGCUGGAGGAGACCAAGGAGGAGCUGGACUCCACGGACACAUCGGUGGUCAUCAGCUCCUGCUCCCUGGCUGAAGCCCGCCUCCUGCUGGACAACUUCCUCAAGGCGUCCAUCGACAAGGGGCUGCAGGUGGCACAGAAGGAGGCACAGAUCCGGCUGCUGGAGGGGCGGCUGCGGCAAACAGACAUAGCAGGCUCCUCCCAGAACCACGUGCUCCUGGACGCCCUGCGGGAGAAGGCUGAGGCCCAUCCCGAGCUGCAGGCCCUCAUCCACAACGUGCAGCAGGAGAAUGGCUAUGCCAGCACAGACGAGGAGGUGUCCGAGUUCUCUGAGGGGAGCUUCUCCCAGUCAUUCACCAUGAAAGGCUCCACCAGCCACGAUGACUUCAAGUUCAAGGGUGAGCCCAAGCUGUCCGCCCAGAUGAAGGCUGUGUCGGCUGAGUGCCUGGGCCCCCCGCUGGACGUCUCCACCAAGAACAUCACCAAGUCCCUGGCCUCCCUCGUGGAGAUCAAAGAGGACGGCGUGGGCUUCUCGGUCCGAGACCCCUACUACCGGGACAAGGUCUCACGGACCAUCAGCCUGCCCACCAGAGGGAGCACUUUCCCCCGACAGUCUCGAGGUGCGGAGACGUCCCCUCUGACCCGGAGGAAGUCCUACGACCGAGGGCAGCCCGUCAGGUCCACAGACGUGGGGUUCACGCCCCCCUCGUCCCCUCCCACCCGGCCCCGCAACGACCGAAAUGUCUUCUCUCGUCUCACCAGUAACCAGAGCCAAGGGUCCGCGCUGGACAAGUCUGAUGACAGCGACUCCUCUUUGUCGGAGGUCCUGAGGGGCAUCAUCACCCCGGUCGGAGGAGCCAAGGGCUCCAGGACGGCCCCGCUGCAGUGCGUCUCCAUGGCUGAGGGCCACACCAAGCCUGUGCUCUGUGUGGACGCCACGGAUGAGCUGCUCUUCACGGGCUCCAAAGAUCGCAGCUGUAAGAUGUGGAACCUGGUAACGGGGCAGGAGAUCGCGGCUCUGAAGGGUCACCCCAACAACGUGGUCUCCAUCAAGUACUGCAGCCACUCGGGGCUCGUGUUCUCCGUGUCCGCCUCCUACAUCAAGGUGUGGGACAUCCGAGACUCGGCCAAGUGCGUCCGGACGCUCACGUCCUCGGGCCAGGUGGUCUCGGGGGACGCCUGCGCGGCCGCAUCCACCCGCACGGUGUCCAGCGGGCAGGGGGAGCACCAGAUCAACCAGAUCGCCCUCAGCCCCGCGGGCAGCGUGCUCUACGCCGCCUCGGGGAACGCCGUCCGCAUCUGGGAGCUCAGCAGGUUCCAGCCUGUCGGCAAGCUGACUGGCCACAUUGGCCCUGUGAUGUGCCUGACGGUCACCCAGACUGCCAGCCAGCAUGACCUGGUGGUGACUGGCUCCAAGGACCACUACGUUAAGAUGUUCGAGCUGGGCGAGGGCGUGACGGGCACCAUCGGGCCCACCCACAACUUCGAGCCCCCGCAUUACGACGGCAUCGAGUGUCUGGCUAUCCAGGGGGAUGUCCUGUUCAGUGGCUCCCGCGACAACGGCGUUAAGAAGUGGGACCUGGAGCACCAGGAGCUCGUGCAGCAAAUCCCCACAGCACACAAGGACUGGGUAUGCGCCCUGGCCUUCGUCCCGGGCCGCCCCAUGCUUCUGAGCGCCUGCCGUGCGGGCGUCGUCAAGGUCUGGAACGUGGACAACUUUACGCCCAUCGGCGAGAUCAAAGGCCACGACAGCCCCAUCAACGCCGUCUGCACCAACAGCAGGCAUAUUUUCACCGCCUCCAGUGACUGCCGGGUAAAGUUGUGGAAUUACGUCCCUGGACUCACCCCCUGCCUCCCGCGCCGAGUCCUGGCCAUAAAGGGCCGCGCCACCACCAUGCCCUGACCCCACUCCCCUCCCCUCCCGU